UCGCGAAUUUUCCGAAGCGAGGAGCACGCGCGCGAUUCGGUCGCGACUGCGAUGCUCUGCCGUUUCUCUCGACACCGUUCGCUCCGGAUGAGUCAUCGGGACGGCGAGCGGCGGACGAGGGGGGGCUCGAACCUGCUCGACGCGCUGUCAAGAAUCGUCAGGGCGCGACGCCGAGCCAAGGGCUUUGUUUAUCGCAAGAUACGACCGACGAUGGCGGAGAGGGACGACGCUGGGGAUCUGAGCGACGUUAUUCUGCAGGAAAAAUCGGAUGCCGAGACGCAGUGUAAACACAAAUUGGGCAAGAAACCAAAGAGAGUGCUGCAAUUCUCGGACGGUGUGAUGGAGGAAUAUUCGUCGGAAGAUGAAGUUGACGCACCAAAGAUUAAUAAAGUUGUGCCGCAGAUAGAUACCAAAAAUAUGAACUGGUUACCAUGGGCGUGGUAUCAAACUACAUGGCUCAGUUGUAAAAUGCUGGAGGGUUGCGACUACGUUGGCGAAUGCCUGGCCGACUUCUUUGGCAUAACCGCGCCCAAGUAUCGGUUCGAGAUCAACGAGUUCUACAGGCUACAAGCGCUCGAAAAGGAGAGGUUUCUCAAGCAAGAUUUGGAAAUGGGUGGCUGGAAUGAACACAAGAGAAACAAUCUCAUAAGUAGCGAUGUAUUAACAGACGGAUGCAAGUAAUAGUAAACUAUUUUGGGAACCGUUUCGUACACAUAGCUUUAAUUGACAGGGAUUUAUCGCUCAAUUCUAACUUUGCAGAUAGAAAUAACGAAUGCUUGAAUGAUUUCGAUAUUUUUCUAUGCAAUAUUAAAGCUUUUAAAAAUAAUUACGCAAGAAAGUAUGUGAUGUAGAGCAAAAAUUAAAACUUACUGCGUUAUAUAUAACAUUUACAUGAAAAUGCUGCAAUACUCGCUGCCUUCAAGUCGAUUUAAACUAAAUAAUGGUGAUAUAUAUGAGAAUGUGUAUAUGAAAAGUUUUAGUUGUAUUAUUUUUUUAUACAUUAUCAAUCGUAAUUAAUAGAUUAAUAUAAUUUAUUGCGUAUAAACUAUUAUAUAUUACUUAUAUUAAUAGUAUUAUAAAAAGUCAUUGCGAAAGAAAAUUUGUUGAAUCUUGUAUUUGCACGUGCGUCCAAAAGAAAGUAAAUAAUGAAACAUUACCGGCUGUUAGUUACAUCAGCCAUGACUCUCACGGGAUUAUUAUAUAAUCAAUAAAGACAAUAGGGAUGCAAUUAA